AUGGCGGUACAAAAUGCCUUUGAACAAAAAAAGAAGGCAAUUUUGAACGAGAUAGACUCGACCCAACCAGAUUUAUCACCAAAAGGAACUAUCGAUGAGCUGUGCCUUCCAAUAAUCGAUCUUAUCAAUAGUAGCGCUGAUAUGGUAACAACGUCAUCAUGUUCCGGUAGAGUUAGUGUGUUUCUGGAAGGUACGAAAUCAUAUAACGGGGAGGUUAAGAUAGGUGGCAAAGGACAAGGUGGCAAGUGGCUUUACGUCACUCAUGAUCGUGGAAAAGUUAUUGGCUGGUUGGAUGAGCUGAGGUCAAAAAGUGAGUUUCUUUUAGAGAUAUCUCGCAACCAAGAUUUAGUGGAGAAAGUUACGGGGAGCACUAGAUACAUUCUCUAUAAGUAUGAGCCUUUCAUACUGCAUGUUAAAUGCAGGGACUUUCAGGUAGCAUCCAAACUAUACAACGAAGCUAUGUCUUGUGGGUUCAGGGAAAGCGGGAUUGGUUCAAAUAAUCUUGUGGCGAUCAGGAUUAACAUUAAAUUAGACGUGCCCAUCGGCUAUCUAGAUGAGGAUUCAAGCACCUUGAAGUUUUUUGUAGGUCCGGAAUACAUAAAUGUUUUGGAUUCUCUAUCAUUAAACAAAUUCGAUGAGAAUACAAAGAAAAUGCAAGCACUAUAUGAGAAAAUCAAAAGGGAACUUCUAAACAAAUCACCGAAUUCAAACGCUAAGACUGGUGUAAUACCAGCCGAAACAAAGGAAGAGAGGAGAGAACGGAAAAAAAAGGAAGGUAUGGAAAGACAGCGUCAAUUAAAAAGCACAAGUAACGUGCUAUAA